AUAAAGUUUCAAUGGACGUACCAGGAGUGUCCAACGGCAAGGCUGAAAAUGGAGAAACAACAACAGAAGAGGAACUGAAAGCACUGCAUGAAUUUAUAAAUGAAUCUAAAGAAAGAAUUGAAUUCAAAUUGAAACUUCGAGAAGAGAAUUUAAAAGCCCUCGACGAGAGACCAGAUGAAUCCUUCUUCAAGAAGUUGGACUCGAACCUCAAGAAGAACACGGCUUUCGUUAAGAAACUGAAAACCAUAUCAGAAGGCCAGAAAGAUGCCAUCAUGAAGGAACUGAAAGCUCUAAACUUGACAAAAUAUAUUGGAGAAAUAGCAUCAUCACUGGUUGAGGCCAAACUGAAGAUGUCAGAUGUGAAUUGUGUGUUGCUCGUCUGCUCAGCUCUUCAUCAGAGGUACAGUGAAUUUGCUUCGUCAUUUCUUGAUCAGUGGCAAAAAAUUCUUCUCAGCAAAAAAGAUGAAAAGAUACUGAACCCUGGCAAGUUGCGGGUUGAUCUCCGUCUGUUUGCAGACCUCACAUGUAUUGCCAUCUUCCCAGAGAAGGAGGCUCUCAACAUUCUGGCCAACCAGCUGAACCUGCUAACUUGCAAUGAUAAGGAGGAACACAUCAACCUGAGCAUCAUCAUGAGCUUCUGUAAGCACUGUGGAGACGACUAUGCUGGUCUUGUUUCUCAUAAAUUCAGGAUUUUAUCAGAAAAGUUUAAUAUUGAGGUGCCACACAGCUCGUUUUUGAAGAAGGAUCGACAGAAGGCUUGCCGUGUCUUGCUGAAAGAUUAUUACAACAGCCUCGCCAACCACGUCAUCCAGGAGUGCAAGCUCAUCCGAAGUCAGGAUAAACAAAACAAGAAAAUUAUCCAGACCAAAGGGGAAUUAAGUGCAGAGAGGAAGGAAAAGUAUGAACUGAUGCAAUCAACUUUCCAAAAACUGCACUCAAAUGCCAUUGUCUUUGCUGAUUUUUUGGAUCAACCACCGCUCGAACUACCAACUGAAGAGUUGAAAAGUGAAGAAGAUUCUUUUAUGGGUGUUGAUAUCUUUUUCCCUGGUCGACCUGGAGAUAACCAGGAUAACAUUGAAGGAAGUUUGUUUGAAGAUGAAGACACGAGACAGUUCUACGAGACUCUACCUGAUCUGAGAUCCCUGGUGCCUGGUAUACUGUACAAGGACAGUGAGCAGCAGCAGACGACACUUGCCCAGCAGCAAACGGACGGCACUCAUUUAGAGGAAGAGCUGACUUUUAUAGAGGAAGUGGAAAAGCUCAUUGAUGACGACAGACCGCCGAAAAAUGCAGCACUGCCCGCGACAACAUCGACGACAUCAACAACCUCAAAACUGACGCCUUCGUCAUCAUUAGCAACAAUGCCAGUGGAUGGAUUAGAUGGCAAGCAUAAGGAGGAAGAUCCAGAAGUCAUUAUCGAAGCUGAAUUUGAAGAGGAGGACAAAAGUGUCGGAGGAACGUUGAAACUUCUGCUAGAGUCGUUCUUGAGCAACUUGCCAAACUGUGUCAACAGAGAACUUAUCGAUAAGGCAGCCAUUGACUUCUGUAUGAACCUGAACACGAAGGCUAAUAGGAAGAAACUCGUCAAGACUCUUUUCCUAGUGCAAAGAACAAGAUAUGACCUGCUGCCCUUCUACUCACGUCUGGUGGCCAUCCUACACCCCUGCAUGCCGUCCAUCUCAGCUGACUUGGCUUACAUGCUCAAGGCUGAUUUCAGAUAUCAUUUUAAGAAAAAAGAUCAGACUAACAUUGAAAUAAAACUCAAAGUCAGCAGGUUCAUAGGUGAACUAGUGAAAUUCAACAUGUUCAAUAAAUCAGAGUGCCUUCAUUGCAUCAAGAUGCUGUUGAGUGAAUUCACCCAUCACAACAUUGAAAUGACCUGCGCCCUGCUGGAGACCUGCGGUAGGUUCCUCUACAGAAGUUCUGACUCGCAUCAUCGCAUGAAAGUUUUGCUGGAUGUAAUGAUGAGAAAAAAGGCAGCUUUGCACUUGGAUAGCAGGUACUCCACAAUGAUUGAGAAUGCAUUUUACUACAGCAAUCCUCCUGAAUAUAAAAAUGAGAUACAAGUGACACUGCCCCCCAUGCACCAGUACAUCAGGUACCUCCUCUACAAGGAACUCUCCAAGACGACUGUUGAGAAAGUCCUCAAACAAAUGAGGAAGUUGGAUUGGAAUGAUCCGGAGGAGGAGGUCGGCAUACAUGUAGUGGAUGCGGUGCUGGAACAUAUCAGACUGGGCAUGGAGAUGAAUCAGCCGAAGUUGAACCAGCAACGUUUGAGUACAGUGAAGUACCUGGGCGAAAUGUACAACUACAGAUUGGUGGAGUCAGAUAUCAUCUUUAAAACUCUCUACUCGUUCAUCACAUUCGAAACAUCAUUUGACGAGAACGCCCCUUCCACGUUGGACCCUCCUGAACAUUUGCUGCGAAUCCGAUUGGUCUGCGUCCUGUUGGAUGCGUGCGGGGAGUACUUUGACAGAGGCUCAAGUAAGAAGAAACUUGAUUGCUUCCUUGUUUACUUCCAGCGAUAUUAUUGGUUCAAGAAGAAUUGUCCCGUCUGGUCUGACAACUGUUCCUUUCCACGUGAUGUUGACAACAUGUUGCGAGAUGUUGUGGAACUGUUGAGACCGAAGUUGCAGCUGUUCAAAUGUUGGCAGGAAGCUAAAGAGGCUGCUCAGAAGCUGGAUGAUGAUUUCAAGGAGAAGAUUGAACUUGUAACAUACUUUGCUGUUGUUCGCACAGUUGAAUACUUGAAGAACAAUCCAGUGGAAGCGAAUAAGGAGGGCCAGCAAUCUGGAUUGUCGACAAUUAAUGAAGAAACGAUUGAUGACGAUGCGAAAAGUGAUCAUGAUGAGAACAGUCAACCAGAAGAGGAGCAUCAUUUAAGAGGUAAGGAAGACGAGGAAGAUGAUGAGUAUGAUGAAGAUGAUGAUAAGCUGCCCUCUCAACCAGAUGAUGAGGAUGAUGAUAAUCACGUGACACUGGAUGUCGGACCCAAGUUUAUAAAGUGCCAGGAGGAUGACGACUUCUUGAGUGCACUGGAUAAGAUGAUGAGUGACUCCGUUCAGGCCAGACAGCAGGAAAUUGUGAAGAUACCAGUUGUAGAAAUUGCUGUCCCGAUGGCACAGAAAAAUAACUUGAAUGGAAAAAUAAUUGGUCCGAACAGUAAAUCACAAACGUACGUUACCGAUGAAGAAGAGGAUGAAAAAGUUAGCCUCAUCCCAUUCACAGUUUUGACCAGGAAGGGAAACAAGCCACAGCUGUCAACGUUGUCUAUACCGCUAUCAGAAAAUUUUGCUUCAAAAUUCAAAGAACAAAUAAAGCAUGACCAAGAAGAGAAAGAGCGAAUGAAGAGAAUGGUCUUGGAGAUUCAUGAGAGGCAAGUGGAGGAAAAUUAUCAAGCUGAAAUGAUGGCGCAGAGCACAGCACAAACUGGUACAACAUUCAGAGACAAACGAACAAAUGUGCAACCUCCCAAAGGGGCUCCCGAUGCUGAUGUCAUUUUUGGAAUUGGAAAGAAUGUCGAUAGCCAACAUGAGUUCACAAGUUCAAUUAGCCUUGAACUUCAGCUUAGCUUUACUCCUAUUUAAUUACACACAUUCAUUAUCGUGUGGCAAUAUGCUAAUGUAAUUACAAACACGUUAUAUCAAAUGUUAUUUCGAAACAAAUGCACAUAACAAAAUAAAUUUGUAGUCAAAGUUGGUUGCCCCGCAGUUGGUUGGUUGCUACGAAUUUUGUUGAAACGGUAGUACAAAGAGAACGAGCAGCAGAAUCGUAAAUGCAAGGAGAUCAACAAUAGCGGAAACAAGGAAAAACGAAUAAUAUAUAAAUAAAAAAUAAUUAAAGAUGUCUAGUACUUGUAUGUUUUACCAUGCAGUAAUAUUUACAAAAUGUUUACAAUAACAAGUAUAUAUGUUGGCGGUUUUGAGUAACUUCUAAUCCACGUUCGUGAUUAUUUUUAAAUGCGAUGCGUUCGCUCGAAAAUGAUCAUCAAGCAUAUUUAAUGUGUGGUGGCAUUCGUUUUGAUUGCAGGAGGGUACACGGUAGGGUAAGUUGUAUGCUUGCUUGAAUACAACACGUGCAUGU